AUGCUCAAACACAAAGCCGAGAAGCUUUUCCAUCAUUCUCAUGGCCAUCAAUUCCUUUCAAAAUCGACUCCAUCCAUAACAACAACAUUCUUACCACACAUCCACCAACAGUCAAAGCUUUCAUCAAAAUCAUCAUCAUUAUGGAACAACUCAUCUUCUCACAAGAAUAAUUCUCUCAUGAUGAUGGAGAACCAUUCCAAUUCUUUCCUUUCUUCAUUCAUGAGACAAUUUCAUUCCUCAAAACUUUCUUCCAAUUCCGAAGAAGGAAAUGAUCGUUUCAACCCAUCCGCACAUCAAGCCUCAUCUUCUUCUUCUCAAUCAAAAUCUCAUCCUCUACUUGAUAAAAUUCCAACCGCCUUAUUACUAUUUUUAUUGGGAACUUUAUCCAAUGCAACGAUCAUGUUCCUUUCAAAAGAGGAAGAUGAGGAAGAAGUAGAACAUUCAUCUCAUCACAGAAAUGGAAUUAUUGUUCAUGUUCAUGCUGAGGAAUCUCACUCGGAAAUGAUCAAGAAUGAUGAAGAACCAAAUGUUUUGAAAUAUUUCACUUUGGAACAAGUGGCUCAACAUGAUGGAAGUUCCAAACAAGCAGGUAGUAUUUGGGUCAUCUUUAAAGGAGGUGUUUAUGAUGUCACUGAAUUUAUUGAGGCUCAUCCGGGAGGAACAGAAAAAAUCAUGCUUGCUGCUGGCAAGUCCAUUGAACCAUUUUGGAAUAUUUAUCGACAACAUCAUACGAAAGAAGUGUAUGAAAUUUUGGAACAAUACAAGAUUGGAGAGUUGGAUCCAAAGGAUGUUCAGAAAUUGAACGAGUUGAAAGCAGCUCAAGAAAAUGCAAAUGAUAUUUAUGCCAACGAUCCCAAAAAUAGAAAUCCAGUUCUUCAAGUGAAUAUGGAUAAACCAUUUAAUGCAGAGACACCUCCUUCAAUUUUGGUGGACAAAUUUAUUACUCCAAAUGAGGUAUUUUUCAUAAGAAAUCACUUGCCUGUUCCAACAUUACAUGCAGACACGUACGUGUUGGAAAUUUUGGGAGAGGGAAUUGAGAGUCCAAUCAAACUCACGUUGAAUGAUUUGAAAAACAAUGACAAGUUGAAACAUCACACGUUAACAGUUGCCCUGCAAUGUGCUGGUAACAGAAGAACAGAAAUGUCUUGUCACAAACCACCACGAGGUCUCGGAUGGACCAAUGCUGCAGUUGGAAACGCUCAAUGGACAGGUGUCAAAUUGGUGGAUGUGUUACAAUUAUACGGAAUUACAGAAGAGAAAAUUUUGAAUGAAGGAAAAGUGAAACAUGUGGAAUUUAAGGGAGCUGACACGGAUGGUAUUUCAAGUUACGCAAUUUCAAUUCCAGUGGAUCGAGCCAUGAGUGACAAGGCAGAUGUUUUAUUGGCUUUCAAAAUGAAUGGAGAGGAUAUUCCAAUUGAUCAUGGAUAUCCUGUUCGAGCCAUUGUUCCAGGAGCUAUUGGAGCACGAAACGUCAAGACAGAAUGUCAAUCGGUGUGGCAACAAAAAGAUUACAAAACUUUUGCUCCCUCCGUAGAUUGGGACACGGCAGAUUUCUCCAAGGCCAGUGCCGUGCACGACGCUCCAGUACAAUCUUCAAUUUGUAGUCCCUCUCCCAAUAUUCCCAUUAAGGAUGACACGGUCCUGGUGAAAGGGUACGCAUUGGCUGGUUCAGGAAAUGGAAUUGAAAGAGUAGAUAUUACUACAGAUCAUGGAAAAACAUGGUACUCUGCAGAUUUGGAACGAGACCCGUUAAAGUACAAUAGAAAUUAUGGAUGGACUUUAUGGCGAGUGGAAAUUCCAGUCACUGAUGAACACAGAAAGACUGGAGAAAUGAAUAUUUGCUCCAAAGCAGUAGAUUCUGCAUAUAAUGUACAGCCAGAGGAUGUGAAGAGUAUUUGGAAUAUUAGAGGUAUUUUGAAUAAUACUUGGCAUUGUGUCAAUUACAAGGUACAUCGACAUGAUGAUGAGAGGUAA